ACGGCCUUUUUUGAUCUAUAACUUUGUCGACUACGAGUCGUCCUCUUCCAUUUUCCACUCUGCCAAGGAAGCCCGACCGAAAAAGCACGAGAAAAAAUCAUCUACCUUCUCAUAUUCUCCAGUUCUCCUUCUUCUCAUAAUUGGUGAGAUUUCUCUAAUCUCCUCUUCCAACAUCUUCACCGUCUCCUCCUUUUUGUUUUCUCAUUUUCUUUUUUCACUUCGGCGAUCUCCUCAUUUGCUCCGAUGAUAGCCUAAUUUGUGAACACAAGCCUUGCUUCGAGCAUACACAAUCUCUGAUCGAUUCUUAAAGCACCAAUUAGACGGUGUUUUGAGUUUUUUUCCCCAUAGGAAUUAGGGCAUAAGUUAGUUGCGUCGACUCUGGGAGGAUGUUUUUCUCCGGUGAUCCAACCACUCGGAAGCGAGUUGAUUUGGGAGGUCGGAGCUCCAAGGAGAGAGACAGACAGAAACUUAUAGAACAAACUAGAUUGGAGAGAAACCGUCGAUUGUGGUUGCGCCAACAGAAUGCAGCUGCAAUUAAAAUUCAGAAAUGCUUUAGAGGGAGAAAGGCAGUGGAAGCUGAGCAUAAUAAGCUGCGAGAACAGUUCCAUGGAACCUAUGGGAAGUCUUGCUUAAAUAUAAGCAGGCAUUCUUUUGGUCCAGAUUCAGAGUUCCUGCGCAAUCUAUUCUUUUUCUUCAAUUCACAAAACUAUGGUGAUUUUACUGUCCUUGUGGAGACCUGCCGAUUGCUUUUGCAACUUGUUCGAGAUAAUGGGGAUAUCAUUAGUCUGUUUGGUGGUGUGGAUUAUCUGGCUAAUCAUGCUUUGGUGGAUUAUAGGGUGAAACAGCUUGCAUACUAUUGCAUUCAGGCUGUAUAUCAUAAUAGAGAACAAUUGAAGGAUCAACUGUUGAUGACACCAUGGGAAUCUAGUGAACCGGCAGUUGUCUUGCUGGAAGUUGUAGUUUUGUUGAUAGAUCAAAAACUUCCAUGGGCAUGUAAGAUUGUCAGCUAUCUAUUGCAAAGAAAUGCCUUCACUCUAUUUAGAGAAAUUGUUCUUGUGGGGAAGGAAAAUAAAAGGCCUGACAGUUGUGGAAAAGUACCUUCGUUGGAGCGCAUGCUUUCUUUGAUAAUUUCUCAUGUUGGUCAGAAGCCAUGUAUUUGCCCACAUAUUGAUCCGCAAUGCAGUUUCUCCUCUCAGAUGUUGACAAUUCCUUUCUUGUGGCGGGUUUUUCCAAGCUUAAAAGAGGUUUUUGCAACUCGAGGGCUAAGCCAGCACUACAUUCAUCAGAUGGCACUAUGUGUGCAGGGUCAUACUAAUGUACUGCCCAAUGAUGUUUCAGCAGAAUAUCCUGGUUAUGCCUGUCUCCUUGGAAACAUGCUAGAGACUGCUGGAGUUUCUUUAGCGCAGCCUGAUUGUUCAUUUGAGAUGGCCAUAGACCUUGCAGCUGUUACAACAUUCUUGUUGGAGACACUUCCUCCCAUAAAAUCAUCAAGUCGGGAAACUAAAGAAAGUUCCACACUGGGCGAGGAUGACGCCUCUCUGCCAGAUGAAAUGGAAAUAAUUUUGAACAUAGGUUUGGAACAACAAAUAAUCAAUGGUAUAAAUUCCCGCUUCCUUUUACAAUUGACAAAUGUUUUAUUUGGAGAAAUUUCACUCAGUGGUUCUCAUUAUGGACUAGAUGAAAAAGAGGUUAAAGCUGUUGGUGCUGCCUGUUCUUUUCUUCAUGUCACUUUUAAUACUUUACCGCUCGAAAGAAUCAUGACUAUACUAGCUUAUAGAACUGAUCUAGUUCGAGUGCUCUGGAAUUUUAUGAAGCAGUGUCAUGAAAAGCAAAAAUGGUCAUCUUUGCCGGAGCAGUUAUCACAUCUUCCAGCUGAUGCGCCUGGAUGGUUACUGCCUCUAGCUGUUUUUUGUCCUGUGUACAAGCACAUGCUUAUGAUUGUUGAUAAUGAGGAGUUCUAUGAACAGGAGAAGCCACUAUCAUUGAAAGAUAUCCGAUGCCUAAUUAUUAUUUUGAGACAGGCCUUAUGGCAACUCCUUUGGGUGAAUCCCAUGGCACACAAUAAUGCAGUGAAACAGAUUACUAACUCUCCUGCUAGUAAGCGGAACCCAGUUGAAUCUAUUAAACAAAGAGUUAGCGAUGUUGCUUCUGAACUCCUCUCUCAGUUGCAAGAUUGGAACAACAGACGGCAAUUUACUCCACCGAGUGACUUCCAUGCUGAUGGUGUUGAUGAUUUCUUCAUUUCUCAGGCUGUAAUAGACGGAACCAAAGCAAAUGACAUAAUGAAGCGAGCUCCAUUUUUGGUACCUUUUACAAGCAGGGUUAAGAUAUUCAAUUCACAAUUAUUGGCGGCCAGGCAAAGACAUGGGGCUCAUGGUGUUUUUACUAGAAACAGAUUCAGAAUUCGACGGGAUCGUAUUCUGGAAGAUGCUUAUAAUCAGAUGAGUGCAUUAUCUGAGGAAGAUCUUCGAGGAUUGAUACGUGUAACAUUUGUCAAUGAAUUUGGAGUUGAGGAGGCUGGCAUUGAUGGUGGUGGAAUUUUUAAAGAUUUCAUGGAGAACAUUACCCGAGCAGCAUUUGAUGUGCAGUAUGGGUUAUUUAAGGAAACUGCAGAUCACCUACUCUAUCCUAAUCCUGGCUCAGGGAUGAUACAUGAACAGCAUCUUCAGUUUUUUCAUUUUCUUGGAACGCUUCUUGCUAAGGCCAUGUUUGAAGGUAUUCUUGUUGAUAUACCAUUUGCAACAUUCUUCUUGAGCAAAUUAAAACAAAAGUUCAACUACCUGAAUGACUUGCCUUCCUUGGACCCAGAAUUAUAUCGCCAUCUUAUUUUCCUGAAGCACUAUCAAGGUGACAUUUCUGAGUUGGAACUCUACUUUGUCAUUGUAAAUAAUGAAUAUGGAGAGCAAACAGAAGAAGAGCUGCUUCCUGGAGGAAGAAACUUGCGCGUUACUAAUGAGAAUGUUAUUACAUUUAUUCAUCUUGUGUCCAAUCAUCGUUUGAAUUUUCAGAUACGCCAACAAAGUUCUCAUUUUUUGAGGGGCUUUCAGCAGCUUAUACAGAAAGACUGGAUUGAUAUGUUCAAUGAACAUGAACUUCAGCUCUUGAUAUCAGGUUCACUUGACAGCUUGGAUGUUGAUGACCUUCGUCUUCAUACCAACUAUGCUGGAGGUUAUCACAGUGAGCAUUAUGUCAUUGAGAUGUUCUGGGAAGUUCUGAAAGGCUUUUCAUUGGAAAAUCAAAAGAAAUUUUUGAAGUUUGUGACUGGUUGCUCGCGAGGACCACUACUUGGAUUUAAAUUCCUUGAGCCAUUAUUUUGCAUACAGAGGGCUGCGGGCAGUGCUUCUGAAGAAGCUCUUGACCGUUUACCAACUUCAGCUACUUGCAUGAAUCUUCUGAAGCUUCCACCUUAUAGAAGCAAACAGCAACUGGAAACAAAAUUGCUCUAUGCUAUAAAUGCGGAAGCUGGUUUUGAUUUGAGCUGAUAGAUUGUUAUGUUUGGGUAACACCAAGUGGAUCGACAUUAUAAUGGCCUUCAUGAUCCAUGUGAGGGAGUGCGGAGGCUUCAGGACCUCCAGGAGGGGCAGGAGACAUAAGAUUUGUGAUAGACCAGAAUGAAGAUGAAUCAGGACCAAUGAGUCCGACUGGAACUUAUAAAUGAAGGGCGCAAUAGAAUUAGCAUUUAAGGUAUAUGUAAUGGUCAAUUUCUGAAUGUACAUAUGUGGGGACAUCAACAGUAGAUAGGGUGUUUGUGAAGUUGGUUCACGGUGGAGCUGUCACUGGAUCAAAUCCUGGAGCGAAAUUAAUCGAUCAACUGUAUCUUUGUCUGAAGAAUAACAUCUGUAAAUGAGAAAGGGUAGUCUGUACCUUCCAAAAGCUUGUGCAUGUACAGGAUGUAUUUUCUUUUCCCGAGUCUUUUAACAGUUUAACUUGUGUCAUCAUCUGUCUAUUGCUGAGGUAGAUGAGGACGGAGUACACGCUUGGACUGUCGUUCAUCUGGAUCCUGUAAUUCAUUGAUAGAACGAAUCGGAGGAAGCUUUUGUUAUGUUAGGUCUCAUUUUCUA